UCGCUAUGGCUACCAUAGGCCAAACACUGCACAGUACAGGGAAAUUCUGAUACACGAACACUGUUCAAUACCGUUGUCGCUGUCGACAAUACUUUGGGCAGUGUAACCCACACCCCACAGGAACAAUCAGUGUUAAUUUUAUUACGAACUCUAUAAUACCUACCUAUUGUUAUUUCUUCCACAAAUUGUUUAAAUUCGUACUAAAAUAAGUUAAUUAAAUAUAGUCAUGCGUGUUUCUGGUACUCGAACAUACUAUCGGCCGACGCCUCCUAAAAUGCCUCCUGGGCUGGUGAAUUUAAUACAAGAUUUAUCAAGGGAUGUACUGAAAAAUAAUCCUACGGAUAUUUACGGAUACUGCGCUAAUCAUUUCAAACAACUUCUCGAAAUAAGAGAUGGCCCCCUUCAAAAAAAAAAACUAACAUUAGAAGAGAAAAUUGCCAAAGCCCAAGAAAAGGUAAGGCAGCGAGCAGAGCAACGAAGGCAACAAUAUGAUAAUGAGAUGCUCAAGCGACAGCGUGAUCAAGAAACUGAAAUAAAAGCUUCAAAUAAUAACGAUACACCAAUUCCUGUUCAAGAAGCAGCUGCUAUUGAUAUUACACCACUUAUUCAUAAAGAACAGGAGUUAGUUAACUCGUUAGCAGAGCCCGUAUCGUCAGCAGAAGCUGUAUUGUCAGCAGAACCCAUAUCGUCAGCAGAAUCUGUAUCGUCAGCAGAACCUGUAUCGUCAGCAACAAUAGCUGUAUCGUCAGCAACAACAACUGUUUCGUCAGCAACAACAGCUGUAUCGUCAGCAACAACAGCUGUAUCGUCAGCACCAGUUAUACCGUCAUUAGCAGCUGUAUCGUCAGUAGUAGCUCUGUCGUCAGCAGUUGGUCUAUCCUCAGCUGCGGCUCUGUCAUCAGCUGUAGCUAUAUCGUCAGCAGUAGCUUUAUCUUCAGCUGCAGAUCCAUCGUCACCAGCAGCCCAAUCGUCUGCGAUAGUUGAAUUAUCAAAUAAAAAUGACACACCACCUGAAGAUUAUCAAAUUUCUGAGGUAGCUAGAAACGAUAAAAACGAUUUGAAACUAGAUAUGAAAGCUGACUCUAUCUCUAAAAUGGACGAACUAAAAGGCGAUAUUUUCACCGCAGAGGCUAACACUCCAAUUAGUGAUAACGCAAUUGAAAAUCCCAUAAUAGUACCGGAGACCAAGAUUAUUUCCAGUGAUGCGUCAGAAACCUUAAAUAAUAUGAGUGAACCCGUCGUUGAGGUACAAGUGAAGCCCGAUAAUCAACAGUCAUUUGAAGAAAAUGAAGAAUUCAUAGCUGUAGAUUUACAAGAAACUGACAAGUCAAGUCCAAUUAAUGACGUAAUUAUAGAAAAUAAUAAAAUUUAUGUCGAAAACGUUACUGCUAUAAAAACGGAACCGGUGACAGAUAAUAAAAGCGAAGAAAAUGAUGCAGAUAAACUGAAGUCAUCUGUGCAACCAUUUACAUUUGAUAAUAACAAUGUUGAAACCCAACCUGAUGAAAUUGUUACAAAAACUCAGCAUUCCAAUGUAACUGAAAACAUUAAGGAUGGUAAUGUUGUUCUUGAUUAUGAGUCCCAGAUAAAUACAACAGAAAACGGUGAAAAGAAAUUGGAAACUGAUGAUAAUAAAAAGGAAACGGAUUCAGAUUCUCAGGAAACCAACCAAUUCGAAAUUUCUUUUAAAGAAUCCCCCACAGUAGAGCUACAGGGUUCACAAGUAAGUUCUGAUGUUAUGGAAUCAUUAUUGGAUUCAAAUACUGAUAAUGAGAUCAUGACACUUGUUGUACAAGAAUCCAGUAAUGGUGAUCUAGAGGAGGUAAACGGUUUUAAUGAAAUAAGUGCCCUUAAUUCGAAUAUACACACUGAUUCACCCCAAUCGAAUAAAGUUGAAUCAGGACAAGAUUCGGAAAAUGAAAAGCUUCAGGAGAAUCAUCGUGAAAAUGUAAUUGACAAUGCUAUUGAGGAUAAUGUUAAGAAUACUGAACAUAUAGAAAAUAAUGACAUUCGCAACAACGAUCUUGGGACAUCAAAAUUAAGUGAAGCGACUCCUAACAACCAAGAUAAUAUGGAUUUAGAAACUGCUGCAGUAACUAUACAAAAAGUUUUUCGAUCAUUCCUUUUUAAGAGCAGAACGUCUACAUUAGAUGAAACCGUCAACGAUGAAACAAUGUACUCGAAUGAUGAUGAGAAAAAUAAGGAGGAAUGUGAUUUUACCAUUCCAGGUCCUCUAAACGAAAGAAGGCCACACGGUAUCACAAGAAUGGAUACAGUUCUCCAAACUGUCAACGAGGAAAAGUCGCUUUCUUUAUCCGACGACUCCUCUACGUUAUCGAGUGCCGCAACUAUUAUUCAAGCCCACGUUAGAGGCUUUUUGGUUAGAAAUAAACUUUAUUCAAAUAAAACUAUUUCUACUAAUUCCCAACACACUAGUUAUUCCAACGAACCUUCGCUUACAUCUCUAGAAAUGGACAAUGAACAAAAUAAGAAUAAAACUGUCUUAAACAUUCAUAUUGUUCCCGAAGGUGGGAAUUAUUUAAGUCGUGAUGAGAGUUUAAUCACUUCAAUGGAUUUAUCUUUAGACAGCAGUCCACCAUCGUCCAUUAAUUUACAUCCUUUGGGUUAUGAUAAAAGUGAAAGACGUAAGCAAUUGAAGAGAGAAGAUGCUAUUCAAUCCAUUUCUCCACCAAGUAACAAUAGUGGAAAAUUAAGCGAGGAUGUGGAUUCCGUGAAAGAGCUUAAUGAUUCUGAAACUGUAGACCAUGUAGACCAUCCGGUAGAAAAUAACAAAACCAUUAAAGAUAAUUUGAACGAUAACAUGGCACAGAGCAAGAAUAAAAGUAAUGUAGUCGAACAUGUAGCCCCAGAAAAUAUCUCCUCUGAUGAUGUGGAAACAUGCGUGCAGCAAAAUAAAUCUUUGGAUACUGUUAAUUCUGAUGAAUUGGAUGUUGUCACUCCAUUUGAAUCUAGUGAAGAUAACAACCCCUCGGAACAUAAACUAAUUCAUUCUGGAGAGUUCCACGACGCUGUACUUCCUACUAAUCCUACUAAGGUGUCCCGCAGUGACACAACAGUCGCCAGUGAGUUCAAGAAUGUCCUGGUGUAUUUCUUACUUUGGAAUCAUUCAUAACAUUAGUUAUUAAGUGUACCUACCUAAUUAUAUGAAUCAAAUUGUAUGAAAUCUUAAAUAAAACAUGUUCACUUUUAAUAUUGUUUUAUGCUAUUAAGCUCUUUAAUGAAUCAUACAUACAUUCAUAACUUCCCGCC